AAGUCCAACGAUUCCAUCGACUACUCUCAACAAAACUACGUCCAUAUACUCCAUAUCCAUCCGUAUCCCCGUCCCUUCGAUGCGACACGCUGGAUAUCGACAAUUCAGACGAGCGCGUAAAUUAACGCGGUCACGAUGCGAGAUGAUUAGUGCGUGCCGAGAGGCGCGUUAGUGAUGCCCGGUUUAGAGGGAAGUAUUUCGCACGACACGAGUCCACCUCCCACGCGCGCCCUAAUGUCCGAUGGGGAUCAUGCGGUGCCCGAGCAAGUGGUGAAAAGGUUCGUCUUCAGAUCACGAAAGGCGCAGGGCUGCGCACAAGACGACGAGCACGAGGAGAGUCUGGAGAUUCUCAUACCUGAGUUGCUGCAGGCUAAUUACAGUUUCAAUACUUGGCCCUGCGCGCCUGUGCUUGCCUGGUAUCUCUGGGAGCACAGAGAAAACUUAGUUGGCAAGCGGGUUCUGGAGAUAGGAGCCGGUACUUCGCUCCCUGGUAUUCUCGCCAGCAAGUGCGGCGCGAUUGUGACCUUGAGCGACUCGGCGAGUCAACCAAGCACUCUGCAGCACAUCAAGAGGUGUUGUGAGUUGAACGGCGUCGCGGAUCAAGUCCAAAUCGUCGGUAUCACCUGGGGCUUAUUCUUGUCCAACUUGUUCUCGCUUGGAAACUUGGAUUUAAUCAUCGGUUCGGACUGUUUCUACGAGCCUACCGUGUUCGAGGACAUAGUGGUCAUUGUGGCGUUUUUGUUGGAGCAAAAUCCCUGUGCGAAAUUUCUCUGCACUUAUCAGGAACGCAGUGCCGAUUGGUCUAUAGAGCAUCUGCUGAAUAAGUGGGGACUGACGUGUAUGCACAUAGCAUUGGACAAUCUCAGUACAAAUCCUGAUAUUAACUUACACGAAUUGAUGCAAGAUCAUACGAUACAUUUGUUAGAUAUACAACGAGCGGUAUAAGC